AUAUCGUGCCCGUUGGUGACAGAAGCACCAGCGGGAGCUGCCACUGUACAACUUCGCCAGCAUAUUUAAUUUCAACAAGACUGACGCUGGAUCAGUAAUACAGUGAGUUAGAGGUGGAGACCAGAGAAGGGUUGAAGUUCAAGUACAGAAACAACCCUGAUAAACUGCAAUCCUGUAGUUCGGUGUGUGCGCUUCGUUAGCUACUUUCAUCAUGGCAGACAGAGAAAAAGCGACGGAUCAGAUGAAACUGUGGAAGGAGGGUCGCGGCUCUCAGCGGCCGGACGUCCUGACCACUGGUGCUGGUGUCCCGAUCGGUGACAAAUUAAAUGUAAUGACAGCGGGUCCACGUGGACCCCUGCUGGUGCAGGACGUGGUGUUCACUGAUGAGAUGGCACACUUUGACCGAGAGCGAAUCCCAGAAAGAGUCGUGCAUGCUAAAGGAGCAGGAGCGUUUGGUUAUUUUGAAGUCACCCAUGACAUCACGCGCUAUUGCAAAGCCAAAGUGUUUGAGCAUGUGGGAAAGACGACACCCAUCGCUGUGCGCUUUUCCACCGUAGCCGGUGAGGCUGGGUCUGCAGAUACCGUGAGAGAUCCUCGAGGAUUUGCUGUCAAGUUUUACACGGAUGAGGGAAACUGGGACCUGACUGGAAACAACACACCCAUCUUCUUUAUCAGAGAUGCCAUGUUGUUUCCAUCCUUCAUCCAUUCCCAGAAGCGUAAUCCGCAGACUCACUUGAAGGAUCCGGAUAUGGUUUGGGAUUUCUGGAGUCUGCGUCCAGAAUCUUUACAUCAGGUGUCUUUCCUGUUCAGCGAUCGAGGAAUCCCAGACGGCCACCGUCAUAUGAACGGAUACGGGUCACACACCUUUAAACUCAUCAACGCUGAGGGAAAACCUGUAUACUGCAAAUUUCACUACAAGACUAAUCAAGGCAUUAAGAAUUUGCCGGUUGAAAAGGCGACACAGUUGGCAUCUACUGAUCCAGAUUAUGGCAUCAGAGAUCUCUACAACGCCAUUGCUGAUGGAAACUUCCCAUCCUGGACCUUCUACAUCCAGGUCAUGACUUUUGAGCAGGCCGAAAACUGGAAGUGGAAUCCGUUUGAUUUGACUAAGGUCUGGUCUCAUAAAGAUUUCCCUCUGAUUCCUGUGGGCCGCUUGGUGCUAAACCGAAACCCUGUAAACUAUUUUACCGAGGUUGAGCAGCUCGCGUUCGAUCCCAGUAACAUGCCGCCUGGCAUUGAACCAAGCCCAGAUAAGAUGCUGCAGGGGCGUCUUUUCUCUUACCCAGAUACACAUCGCCAUCGGCUCGGUGCGAAUUACCUCCAGUUACCUGUUAACUGCCCCUUCCGCACCCGUGUUGGAAACUACCAGAGAGACGGCCCAAUGUGUCUGAAUGACAACCAGGGGGGAGCUCCUAACUACUACCCCAACAGCUUCAGUGCCCCAGAGCACCAGGCACACUUCAUGGAGUCAAAAUUUGGAGUGUCCGCUGAUGUGGGCAGAUACAACAGCGCAGAUGAUGAUAAUGUGACUCAGGUGCGUACGUUCUUUACUCAGGUGCUGAAUGAAGAUGAGCGAGAGCGUCUGUGUCAGAACAUGGCCGGCCACCUGAAAGACGCUCAGCUGUUUAUUCAGAAGCGCAUGGUUCAGAACCUGAUGGCCGUUCAUUCAGAUUACGGGACUCGUGUUCAGAAACUCCUGGAUAAAUUCAACGCAGAGGCAAAGAAGAACGCAGUUCAUGUUUAUAGUCGUGGUGGAGCUUCUGCUGUGGCUGCAGCUUCCAAGAUGUAAAUCCAAAGUGCCGCCCAUCUCUAUACACUGAUCAGAUAUACAUAAUCAUACAUAACACACAUACUGAUUAAAUGUAUAGUUGGAAUGCACUGUUAGUCACUUUUAAUAAAUUUGUUUGCAUAAAUGUAAAUGUAAUCAAUGCAUCAAAAAUCUCAACUGAAUAGUUUUACAUCUAACCUGUAUGAGGCCUUUAAUACUUUAAUACAUACAAGAGCUGAGUUUGAGUGACUUUAAACCUUUUCAAUCCAUUUCAACUUAUUUGAUUUGUGCAAAAUGUGGAAUAGCUAUGAAGCUGUGAAUGUUUAACACAAAUGUUAAGUUUAGCACAUAAAACUAUUUAGUAUUAAAUAAAAUACUUUUGAUUUUCUGUUACAGUUAAUGGCAGAAUAAGUGAAGUUUAUUUUUCAGCCCAUUUGCCUUAACCAGAAAUAAUUCAGUUCUCAAUGUUUGAAUGUGAAGCUUUUGUCAUUUUUAUAAUUUAAUAAAUUUGAAUACUCAUCACUA